UCCUCGGGAAAGGUCCAAAACGCUCCCACGAGGGAUGACAGACUGUCGACACAACCUCGCUUUGGAGCGGAAUCGAUCGAGUCGAGCUCUUCCUCGACUUCUCCACCUGAAGUCUGGCAUCGACGUCGCCGGCGAUCGGCCCCCAACUGCAUCCAUGGCGUCUCUCCUCGAUUCAUGUUGGCUGUAUCUUAUCACUCAUUUCAGUGAGUUCCAAUUAGCAACUGUUGGCACUUUCUUAAUUCAUGAAAGUAUCUUUUUCUUAUCUGGACUUCCAUCCAUAUACUUCGAGAGGUCAGGACUUUUCAGCAAAUAUAAAAUUCAGAAAAAGAGCAACACUUCAGAAGCGCAAGAGAAAUGUAUUGUGCGUCUAGUCUUGUACCAUGUAUGUGUCAACUUACCAGUUAUGCUCGUCUCUUAUCCUACUUUCAGAUUCAUGGGUCUGAGAAGCAGUCUUCCAUUGCCACACUGGUCUGUCAUCAUCUCUCAAAUUAUCUUUUACUUCAUCUUGGAGGAUUUCGUGUUCUAUUGGGGACACCGAAUACUGCAUACCAAAUGGCUAUACAAGCAUGUUCACAGUAUCCAUCAUGAAUAUGCUACACCUUUUGGACUGACUUCAGAGUAUGCCCAUCCUGCUGAAAUCCUGUUCCUUGGCUUUGCCACAGUUGUCGGUCCAGCUCUAACUGGCCCUCACCUCUUUACUCUGUGGUUAUGGAUGAUAUUGAGAGUCUUAGAGACAGUUGAGGCUCACAGCGGAUACCACUUCCCAUGGAGCCCCUCAAAUUUCUUGCCUUUGUAUGGAGGUGCUGAUUUCCAUGACUACCAUCACCGUGUGCUUUAUACAAAGUCGGGCAAUUAUGCAUCAACUUUUGUUUACAUGGACUGGUUGUUUGGCACUGAUAAAGGUUAUCGGAAGCUGAGGGCCAUCGAGGAAGUAGAAGGAAAGAAUUAUUAAAUCACAUCCUAAGUCUGUCUGAUAUCAUCACCAGAAAUUUGCUGACUUUUAUGUCUGGAUGGCACGAUUCUGAUCUUAAAAUUGUAAUAAGGAGUUGCAGGGCCUUCCUAAAUCCUUCAUUGUUCUUUCUUCAAUAGUCUCUCUGAUCCAGGGAUGAUUCUCUCUCUCUCUCUCUCUCUCUCUCUCUCUCUCUCUCUCUCUCUCUCUCUCUCUCUCUCUCUCUCUCAUCAUUGGUGUUAACUGUGUAGAAUUUGGUUGUGGAAGUUGGACUGUCAUGAGCACCAUUAGUUUUGACUUAUUAAUCACCAAGUUUCAGUUUUCUUUGUACCAGUAUGUAACAAGUAAUCAAAGUCAGAUUAAUA